GCAACAGAUGCCUGGAACGUGCUGCAUCAGAGGGUUUCAUUCUCAGAAUAACAAGUGAAUGAUGGACACCGCAGAGCAGACCAGCAACGACCAGCUCAUCACUGGGAGAACACCUUCCACAGACUCAUCCACAGACGGCAGCAGAAAUGGAUCCAGCGAGCCACCAGAAAACAACACCACCUCCACCGACCAGACGUACCUCAAUGAGAUGAUUACAGUUCCUGACGUGGGAGGGCCUGGAUUUAGCUUCAGGAAGCUAUGGGCAUUUACAGGACCAGGAUACCUGAUGAGCAUUGCGUAUCUGGACCCAGGAAACAUCGAGUCAGACCUGCAAUCUGGGGCGGCAGCGGGCUACAAGCUCCUCUGGGUGCUCCUUUCCGCUACGGUGCUGGGCUUGCUGCUCCAGAGGCUGGCGGCUCGCCUGGGUGUGGUGACGGGGAUGCACCUUGCUGAGGUCUGCCGACAAUACUACCCCAAGUACCCCCGAAUCUUGCUCUGGCUGACCAUCGAGCUCGCCAUCAUCGGCUCCGACAUGCAAGAGGUGAUUGGCACAGCCAUUGCCAUCAAUUUACUGUCCAGUCAGAGGAUUCCGAUUUGGGGAGGAGUGCUCAUUACCAUUGUGGACACCUUCUUCUUCUUGUUCCUUGACAAAUAUGGUCUCAGGAAGCUGGAAGCAUUUUUCGUAUUCCUGAUUGGGAUUAUGGCCAUCACCUUCGGAUACGAGUACGUGGUGGUGAACCCAGACCAGGGCAAAGUGGUGAAGGGAUUGUUCUACCCAUACUGCGCAGGGUGCGGCAGUAAUGAGCUACUUCAGGCAGUGGGCAUUAUUGGGGCAAUUAUAAUGCCGCAUAAUAUCUACCUCCACUCAGCACUGGUCAAGUCUCGGAAGGUCGACCACUCCAAUUCGGCUGCUGUGAGGGAAGCAAAUAUGUACUACUUCAUAGAGUGCUCCAUUGCCCUGUUCAUCUCCCUGCUGAUCAACCUGUUUGUGAUUUCUGUAUUUGGAAAAGCCUUCUACAAGAAGAGCAACAUGGAUGUGUACGAAGUCUGUGCAAACAGCUCAAGCCCUUACAUCAAUCAGCUGCCCCAGGACAACAGCACCUUGGAGGUGGACAUCUUCAAAGGGGGAGUGGUCCUUGGCUGCUACUUCGGAGCUCCCGCUCUCUACAUCUGGGCUAUUGGCAUUCUUGCCGCGGGUCAAAGUUCAACCAUGACAGGGACGUAUUCCGGACAGUUUGUGAUGGAGGGCUUCCUCGAUUUGUCCUGGUCCAGGUUUAAACGAGUGGUAUUAACAAGGGCUCUGGCGAUCGUGCCCACAGUGAUUGUGGCAGCUUGUCAGGACGUGUCCAAAGUCUCCAGCAUGAAUGAUAUCCUCAAUGUCUUGCAGAGCAUUCUGCUGCCCUUUGCUCUCAUUCCCAUCCUGACAUUUACAAACCUCAGGACACUAAUGCACGAAUUCGCUAAUGGAAGGCUCAGCAAGAUUGUUGGAGUCUUGAUUACCUUGCUGGUCCUGGCUGUCAAUGCUUACUUUGUCGUGGUUUAUGUCGCUAGUAUAGACAACGUUUACUGGUACAUUGCUGCUGCCAUCAUUCUCAUCUUGUACGUGGCCUUCGUGCUUUAUCUGCUGUGGCUGAGCUGUGUGGCAUCCGGAGUAUGUGGCCCGAAGUUGGGUCAGGACCAACGUUUCACACAUGAAAUAGUUUCUCACUAAACUUCACAACUCCAAGAUCUGCAGGUUGCUGCUUCCAAUAGUAACAAUUACCUUUCACAUUCUUUCUAUUCUGUUGCACAUUGGUUGUUUGUCAGUCUUUAUUUAUGUAGAGUUUUUCAUAAAUUCUCAAAAUUACAAGUUUAAAGUAAAUUAAUUAUCAAGGUACAUAUACGUCACCAUAUACUACCCUGAGAUUCAUUUUCUUGCAGGCAUCCAUAGUAACUAGAAGGAAACACAAUAGAAUCAAUGAAAAACUGAACACUUCUUAGACAGCCAAACCACCAGUGUUUAAAAGACAACAAAACUGUGCAAAUACAAAAGAGAAACAAACAAACAAACAAACAAACAAAUAAAUAAAUAAAUAAGCAUUAGAUAUUGACAAUAUGAGUUUUUGCGUCCAUGAAGGUGAGUCCAUUGGUUGUGGGAACAGUUCUGUGAUAGAGUAAGUGAGGAACUGAUAUGUAAUCAGAUUAAGGAAAUGUGUAAAGAUAAUAGGGUUGUUGUCAUGGGAGAUUCCACCUUCCCUAAUAGAAACUGGGACCUUCUCAGUGCAAGGGGUUUAAAUGGGGCAGAAUUUAAGUGCAUCCAGGAAGGUUUUUUAAAUCAACAUGUGGAUGAUCCAACAAGAGGGUGGGGACAUAUUGGACCUGGUGCUGGGCAAUGAGCCUGGCCAGGUGACUGACCUUUCAGUGGGUGAACAGUUAGGGAAUACUGACUACGAUUCCUUAAAUUUCAGGAUAGCUGUGGAUAAUGUAGGUAUGGUCCUUGUGGGAUAGUUUUAAAUUGCAGUAGGGCAAAUUGCGAGGGCGUUAGGCAAGAACUAAGAAGCAUUACUUGGGAACACCUUUUUUUCUGGCAAGUCCAUAUCAGACGUGUGGAGGGUGUUUAAAGAUCAAUUGUACAGGGUACAGGAAAGCUAUGUUCCUGUUAGAAGGAAGGACAGGGAUGGAAAGAUGAGAGAACCUUGGAUGUCCAAAGAGGUGAUGAAUUUAGUCACGAAGAGAAAGGAAAAGGUUGUAAAGUUUUCAAAGUCAGGAUCAAACAGAGCACAUGAGAGUAUAAAGAAGUCAGAAAAGAACUAAAGAAGGGAAUUAGGAAAGCCAGGAGGGGCCAUGAAUAGUCCUUGGCAGGUAGGAUUAAGGUGAAUCCCAAGGCAUUCUAUACAUAUAUCAAGAGCAAGAGGCUAACCAGAGGGAUGCCAGUAGACUAUGGCAGGGUCUAAAUGAGAUCACUGGGCGCAAAGAAAAGGCUGGGAAUAUCAAUAACUGUGGCGCUUCUCUUCCUGACAAUCUUAACGUACUCUACGCAAGAUUCGAACAGAAGAGAAGCGUCCCGCUCCCUCCGGAUGAACCGGACCUGGUGGCAUCGAGAUUCAUCGUCACAGAGGAGGACGUUAGAAGGACCUUCCUGAAGAUAAAUCCAAGGAAGGCGACGGGCCCAGAUGGCGUCCCAGGACGGGUUCGCUGGGCCUGUGCAAGCGAGCUAGCUGGAGUGUUUGCUGACAUCUUCAACUGCUCCUUGCUUCAGUCUAAGAUCCCCUCGUGUUUUAAGAAGGCAACGAUAAUCCCAGUGCCGAAGAAGAGCAAGGUGACAUGCCUGAAUGACUAUCGAUCUGUGGCUCUGACAUCAAUUGCCAUGAAGUGCUUCGAGCGAUUGGUUAUGGCACACAUCAACCACAGCCUACCAGUCAACCUCGACGCUUUGCAAUUCACCUACCGGAGCAACAGGUCAAUGACAGAUGCCAUCUCUCUGGCCCUACAUCCCUCCUUAGAACUCCUGGAGAAUAAAGGCAAAUACGUAAGGCUCCUUUUCAUUGACUACAGCUCUGCCUUUAAUACCACCAUUCCAAAUAAACUGAUUCCUAAGCUCCGGAACCUGGGCCUUAGCACUCAGAUCUGCAGCUGGAUCUUCAAUUUCCUCACAGACAGGACCCAGGCUGUAAAAAUAGGGGACAAGCUCUCCUCUACAAUCACUCUGAGCACCAGUGCCCCACAAGGCUGUGUACUCAGCCCCCUGCUGUACUCACUGUACACCCAUGAUUGUGUAGCCAAGUUUCCAUCAAACUCAAUAUAUAAGUUUGCUGAUGACACAACAAUUGUAGG